GCAGCAGCAACAAUCAUCAAUCAGUCGCCUUCGAAAAGUUGCAAAACCUCUGAACCUCCUUAAUCUCUCUUUAUGAAACUCAGUUCCCUCACCGGCCCACAAGACUUCUCCUACAUCCUCACCUUGCUCCACACCUCCUUCGGGUCGCCGCCCGACCCAAUGAGCGAGACCACCCCCAGCACCACCGCCUCCACCGCCACGGCCAGGCGGCGCCGGAGGAGAGAGGGCGGCGGCGGGGGCGGCGGGGGGGCGGAGGAGGAGGGCGGGGGCGGGGGCGGGGGCGCUGCUGCUGCUGCUGCUGCUGAUGGGGGCGGUAGCAAGAAGAAGGAGCUGAAGGGUAUCCUCACUUCUCUGCUGCUGCUGGAGGAGCAGGAGAAGCAGGACGAUCAAGAGCGGGACAGGGCCUCCCGGGAGGAGAAGCAGCUGUUCGACACCCAUCACAAGAAGAAGGCCAAGGCCAUGGCGGAUUACUACUCCAAAGUCGACGAUUACUACACGGAGGUGGAGGAGCUGGACCGGGCGAGGCGGAAGAAGGGGCGGUCGCUGGCCGGGGCGGUGGCCGUCACCGGCGCCGUCGCGUGCGAGGCUGAUUCGGGGAAGAAGGGGGUCAAGAAAGGGAGCGGGGAGAGCGGGGGCGGCCAUCAGAGGAGGCUGUGGGUCAAGGACAGGUCGAAUGCUUGGUGGGAUGAGUGCAAUAGGCCUGACUACCCCGAGGAGGAGUUCAAGAAAGCCUUUCGGAUGGGGAAAUCGACCUUCGACAUGAUCUGCGAGGAGCUGAAUUCGGUUAUCGCCAAGGAGGACACGACAUUGCGGAGCGCGAUCCCGGUCCGGCAACGGGUGGCGGUCUGCUUAUGGAGGUUGGCCACGGGCGAGCCGCUCCGGCUAGUCUCGAAAAGGUUCGGUCUGGGCAUUUCGACUUGUCAUAAGUUGGUUCUUGAGGUCUGUUCAGCUAUUAGGACCGUGUUGAUGCCCAAGUACUUGCAAUGGCCUGAUGAGGAUAAGCUGAGGAAGAUUAAGGAUGAGUAUGAAUCGAUUUCGGGGAUACCCAAUGUCGUUGGGUCCAUGUACACGACCCAUAUCCCCAUUAUCGCGCCUAAGAUUAGCGUGGCUGCUUAUUUCAAUAAACGGCACACGGAGCGGAAUCAGAAGACCUCGUAUUCGAUCACUUUGCAAGGCGUGGUCGACCCUAAAGGGGUGUUUACUGACGUUUGUAUCGGUUGGCCCGGUUCGAUGCCCGAUGAACAGGUGUUGGAGAAGUCUGCGCUUCACCAGAGGGCCAAUGGGGGGCUAUUGAAGGGCGUUUGGAUCGUCGGUAAUUCGGGGUACCCGCUAUUGGAUUGGGUUUUGGUGCCUUACACGCAGCAAAAUUUGACAUGGACUCAACACGCAUUUAAUGAGAAAAUCGGCGAGGUCCAGAGGGUGGCCAAAGACGCGUUUGCGAGGUUGAAAGCGAGGUGGAGUUGCUUGCAGAAACGAACGGAAGUGAAGCUUCAGGAUUUGCCCGUGGUUCUUGGAGCAUGCUGUGUUCUGCACAAUAUCUGUGAAAUGAAAGGCGAGGAAAUGAACCCAGCACUAGGAUUUGAGCUCAUAGAUGAUGAGAUGGUCCCCGAGGUAGCUUUGAGAUCAAUGAGCUCGAUGAAGGCUAGGGAUUCUAUUGCCCAUAACCUCUUGCACCACGGCCUCGCGGGGACUGCUUUUCUGUAGAACGAACAGUCACAGCUGGUUCUUAUUCUUAUUUUCGUUUUACUUUUCUUUCUUUUUAAACUUUUGAGAUGGCUAUUCUUUGGAAUUCGCUUUCUUUCAUACUUUGUUGUAGUCUUACACGACAAUUAUUCAUCAUGAUUUGUUGGAGGAGCUGUGUAAAAGAGAUGCUCUUGCCCCCUUCCACAAGCGGAUGAUAUUCAUAAGCUCUAUGUUAUACAGGUUGAAUCGAAGGAAAAUGUUGCAAAUCGUGAUUA